AUGAAUAUUAAUUAAACUUCUCAUGAAAUUUAAUCUUGUAAAUACGGCAAGAAAUCUUUCUCCAUAACUUCGUUGUAGUCUGAUCCCAACAAACUCAGGAAUAACAAAAUACUCAGCAACAACAUCCAAAUCAGUCGUGGAGAUUCCAUGACUCGGAUCUCCUAUAUCGACAAAGAAGAUUACAUCGAUCAGAUUUAAAAGCUAAAGAAGAACAAUAACCUACUAAGUCAAGAGCUUAAGCAACUCAAGUCCUAACUCAUGUAUUAUCAGAAAGAACUCGAAAGUUUACAAUCAUAAUGUUAAGUAUCGGAUACUAUUUCAGUUCCACUUCAAUAACAAGUCAAAAUCAAAUAGCUUCUCAAGACUCUUUAACAGAAGGAAUCAGAAAUUGAGUAUCUCAAAAGUCAAAUGAAGAUCGAUUAAUUAACUGAACAAUAAGAAUAAUUGUAAAAGUUGAGGGCAAUUUGCGAUAUACAAAAGCAGAAACUUCUCAAUAGUGAAUCUGAAAUUAUCAUCCCCUCUAAAACCAAUGUCUUGAAAGACUUAGAAGCAGACAAUGUUAGACUCGUCUAAAUCCUAACUGCCCUCGAAGAUAAAGUUAAGAGUCUUGAUCACAUAAAGAAAUUAAACACUAUACUUCAAAGCAAAAUUUAGAAUCAAUAAAAGCUAAUUCUUCAAUUACAGUUAGAAAUCAGAUAGUACAAAGACAGAGACACUAUUUUUAAUAAUAAACUUACUUAAUAAAAUAAAUAAGAAAAUCUUAUUCAAAAAUUAUCUUCUGAAAUCAACAAAUUAAAUCACUCAAACCAAAUUCAAUUGUCUCAAACUGAUAAACUCAAGUCUAAUUUAUCAAAUCAGUAGGACAAAUAUGAAAAAAUUAUCAUGGAAAAAGAUGAAGAGAUUUUAACCUUAAGAAUAAAAAUAGAGACUCUCAAUAAAAUUAUUAAUGAGGAUCAUUAAUAAUUGUCUGAAUAGAGAAACAGAAAGGCAGGUAAAAACGCACUCCUACUCAAACCAUCCUCAUUUGCAAAUAUGACUGAUAGUUUUAAAUUUAAUCAAGACCUUGUUCUCUCUUCUUAGAGAUCUCAAAGUGCAACUCAACGCAAAAAGCUUCUCCUAAUUACUAAAUAAGAUCUCUAGUAGGUUCCCAAAAUUCUGAAAUACCAAUUAAUUAUUAAUCAAAUAAGUCUUAACGAUAUCGAUUAACAUUUGUUCUGUCAAAUUUCCUCAGAGGAUGUUGAAUUAAAAGAUUUAGUUGAAUCCUUCCAAAAGUCACUUUUCAAAUUAAAUUAUUAAUAGGCCUAUCAAUUAAGCCUCUAUUUGAUGGAUUCUGAAGAGGGAAAUGAUACUUAAUCUAAAUAGAGAAUUAGGAGUAUUUUUAAAACCUUAGUUGAUAAUUACUAAUUGCCAACUGCUUAAGAGAUUAUCAAUAUGAGAAAAGAACUCUCUUUAAUUUUUAAUGAAUAGGGAUUCUAAUACAUCAAAAAUCAACUCACCCUCAAAUACGGACUAAUAGUAAAAAAGUAUCAAAUCUAUGAUUUAUUUGAAAUAUUACAAUUGAAAGAUAUUAAAUUAUCUAAGUAAACUAAAGAAUAUAUAGAAGCUUUGUUAUUUUAAUAAAAUAAUCAAAUACCUAAUGUUUUUUUAAUCGAUCAAUUACAAUCGAUUUUUUGUGAUAAUUUUUGA